CUAGCUAUCUAGGGAAUGAUCCCAAGCUGAAGAACCAAUGAUCGUGAAGCAAUUCUGUCAUAAACUGAAAGCGAGGAUUUUACGUGGAAUAGAAACUAUUUAACACCAACGACCGUUUCAUUCAACCCCGCUUUAACCAGACACGGCAGACGUUUCAAAGUCCAUAAGAGUGACACGGAUGCUCGAAAUACACAUUGAUUCCCAAUCUUUUUUAUUUGUGGUGGUCACAAUAGUACUACGUCGCUAUAGAUACGGUGAUGAUUGUGCAACACGCUAAGAUUCUCGGCUGAAUUCCUGUAUUAAUAAGGAAACUGUGCGGCUAAGCGAUAUCAAAAUAUCCUCUAAUAAUGCCAUCCCAGCAUCGCUUAUAGAUUUACCUGUAGUAUGAUGCUGUUGGAUACACUCUGUGCCAGCCCUGAUACACUUUUAAACUAGUCGAUACCAUAUACCUGUUGUAAAGAGCUCUGUAGCGUGCUAUAGGAAUCCGUUAUAGGAAGGACCAGGGAUUUAACUAUCGGACAGGUGUGGAUAUUUCCCAUUUACCUGACAGUGCCAUUCAAAUCAACACCGCUUCCAAGAUGCCUUCCGGAGAUAUGGCUUCCCACAUCUACGACCAGGUGAUUACAAUCAUCAAAAAGGAUCCUACUGACCGCACGGAAGUGGAAAUUGGAAGGAUACUUCCCUGGUUCCGGAAAAAAUCGGACUUAUUCAAACCGUUGAAGAAUGAGGUUGUGCAGGAUUUGGUGAAGAACUGUAUAUUCGAGUGUGUGGAGAGAGACACAGUGAUUAUAAAACAAGGGGACAAAGGGGACUGUUUCUUCAUCAUACUUAACGGCCUUGUAUCCAUACACAUUAACACCACCUUUGGGUCGGAUGAUGAUAAUCCAGAGGAUAGUGGUGGAGGGGAAGGAGGAGGAGAAAAGAAAGAGGAGAAAAAAGGCGAGGAGAAAAAACUCGACAGAUCCAAAUACGGCAAUUACGUCGGGAAAAUAGAACCAGGAAAGAGUUUCGGAGAACUCGCUCUGAUCAAUGCCGACUGUGUCCGGAAUGCCACGAUCAUUGCCGACGAGACCACGGACCUUGUCGUAGUUAACCGAGACCUUUAUGAUCGGUCGCUACACUACUUCCAAGCCAAGGAGUUUGAGGAGCGGAAGGCUUUCGUGGAAGGUAACCCAAUGUUUUCGAACUGGCAGCCAAAGUACAAAAAGCAGAUGGCGAUGAGUUUAAGGAAGGAGAAGUUGACUUUCGAAGCUCCUAUACUCCGGCAAGGGACACACGUUGAUGGAUUAUGCUUCCUUCUCAGUGGCCAGGCCAGAAUAAUAGCAGACAACUCGAUGCACGCCACCCAAUACCCAAGUUACUUUCCGCUGACAGAUAUUCAGGAUUUACAGAAGGUGGAAGCUAGAGAAUCACUACGCAGGGAGCUCAGUAUGCCGUCUCCAAAACCAGACGAAUACAAGUAUCUUUCCCGGCAGAAAUCUCCGACACAAGAAACAAAAAGUGGAAAGAAGUCCCCACACAUCCAUCGACAUGUGGAGAUAUGUCUCAUAGGCGCCUUAGAAAUCAUAGGUGACUUGGAACUGAUAACUGGUCUGCCUACCUACGCUCAGACUGUCAUUUGUACGCAAGAGGCCGAAGUGUAUGUUCUUGACCAGAAGAACUAUGAUAGACUAAUCGAGAAACGGAAUCCUCAAGUAAUUGAAAUGAUGAAAAGACUUCUGAUGGAGAAGUAUAAACUUCGGUUGUCAUGGAUACAAGACAAAGAACUUCCCUUAAUCAGAUACCUUUUGUACAAAUUAGAGGAAAAGGAAAGACAAAAACGACAAAGAUAUUUACAACGAAACGUCACUGAAAAGGUGGCCGAUUGGCCGUCAGAUGGCGCCCGUCGCGGGCCAUUCAUUGAUAUGUACGGACCAGGAAGCGUCUUCUAUUCCAUUCGCAUGAGAGAGAAACAGAAGAAACUCGAACGAAUGCGAUUUGGUCGACAGACUGCCAAAGAAAAGGCGGAUAAAGCGUCAAAUCUCAAUUUAAAUUCUUCUGGAAUGAUUACACAAAUACAGUUGUCGAAUUUAGAGGCGGAUGAGAACUACCAAGAUAACUUUGAUGAAGAUGGCUUUGGACUUACAUCAGGAAGUCAUCUGAUAUGUGAUAAUGCAAAGGAACGCGUGGAAGCUGCUGGAGAUGCUUCUCCAGAGGACUUCCGGGACUUGGAAACCAGUGAGGACGCUCUUUCGAACCUGGAACAACGGAUAGAGGCAUGGCACACCAGUCUACCGUCCAAGGAUUCCAAACGCCAAUGCAAGAAGACAGUGAAAUUGCAUAGGUUACUGUUGGAGGAUAGUAGAAAACCACUCCCCGGUAAGAAAGUCUACCUCCGUCCAAAGACGAGACAUAAGGCUAAUUUUAUACAGGAUUUAAAGAAUGAGCAAACACAAAGCCAGGACAUGUCCCAUAUCUACAGUCCACCAAUCAGCGACGUCCGUGCACAUCACGUGACCGUGUGUUCACCGCACGAGACCCCCGAUACAGCCUGCUGUGUCAGCCGGAGAAGCCCCUGGGUACAGAGGCCUCAGUCUAGCCGCUCCCCCUCCGUCAGUAUGGUCCUCCGGCCACGAAGGCCGAAAUCAGCCCGACAGUACACGGUAGCCGAGUAUGAGGAACUGAAGGAACAACUCCGCCAGAAACAACGAGCUUUUAAAUCUUUAUUGUGGAGGCCCAAAAUUUAACUAAAGGCGCAGUAGUUUUACUUAUAUAUUAAAAAUAGCGUUUCGUCUUUCAAUGUAUCAUCGAGAAAUUUUGUCUACUCUGUCAUUUUUAUGAACCAUGACAAUGGACCAUGUGAUUGAAAAAAGCUUUUUGGUCAUGAAGUAGGGUGGAACUACAAUAAGAUGGUUUGGUUCCUAAAGACAAUGAACCCAUGGUCAGCAUGCAGUCGGCUGGCUUUACCUCUGAGGAAUAUUAUAUGAAGAACUGGAUGUCUUGCUCAUAGAAGAUCUCAUGGCUGAGAAAAAGUAACAUGUUAAAAACUAUGCAAUCAGUUUAUGCUCAAAUAAAAAGUUUGAUGUCAUAAUUUGAAAACCGUCUGAAAAGUGGGUCGUAUCAAACCAGUAGAUCUGCUAAAUGGAGUACAUAUUUCCAGCAGUUUUUUUUUUCUUCUAUCUUUUAUUGACUCUUUUUUCGAUAACGACAUUUCAAUUUACACAAAGAGGUAAACAUACGCUGUUCCAUUCAGCAGACAGGAUACCUGGAGACGUAAUACAAGAUUUCUUAAUAAUUUAAUUGUAUUUGUAGGCUGAAACGGGGAAUUAUAAUCCCAAAACAUACCUUGUUCUUCAUACAUAAUUUAACAUAUCUAGAUAUAUGUAUAUGAAAAUGAAAGACAAUAACAAUUUCAAAAUAAAACUUACAUCAAGUAUA